AGGCUUAGCCUAUUCCAAUUCUUCCGGAGUCGGCUUCAUCUUUUCCUACUGUUUCAAUCCCCCGUGUAGUUUCUACAAAAAUUUACGAUGUUUAACGUACCCCGUUGAUAUCGUUUCAAAACGUAAACAUAGUUUAUCCAUUUUCUACAUUAUCAUUAAGGAGAGCGUGCUUGGGCUCUUACUUUCUCUGUACUACUGGUGCACCCGCACUAAAACAACCCAAAGAAGCUUUUGAUUUACCAAAAUCAAACUCAGACUCAAACCUCAUUCGACCUAAAAGAUGCUUGCUGCGGGUGCGGUCAGGGUCCGAGAGGACAAACGGUGAGUACGACGCGGAUCCCGACCCGUCGUCCCAGUCCAAUUAACUUGAGGGAAACUAAAUCUUUCCUGAAGAGUUCGGAAAAUCUUCUCCGGGUUCAAGAACCCGGCUCUUGUAUGGUUUUUCACGACCUCGUUUCACUUCUACAACGAAGAUGAUCAAACAGAAGCGAAAUAAAGCAAAAGAAAAAGACCGGAAGAAAGCCUCCGGUCGGGCUGCGAAAAAUUCUGCUCAACAAGCAGGUAAAAAUAAAACGAGCAAAGAUGGAAGCGGAACCGCGCCAGAUCAUGUUCUUGAUCCUAAUGGACAACAAUCCCACAGGAGAAAAGCGGUAGCAUCGAUCUUCAGCCGCAGCCCUUCCUCCAGUUCCUAUGCCUCGUCGUCCUGUAGCUGCUACACAAGCAGCGACACAGGUGGUGCAGAUGAAACGGUUCUGGACGUGUACGACAUGGAGCACCUCGAGGUUUACCGAUUACGAAAAGAGCGACCUCCUGCUGCAGCCGAUCCUCCUCGUCGGCAGGGCAAGAAGCCAAAGAACAAACAGAACCAGUCCGGCUCUGCUACUGCUUGUUCAUCAUCAACAUCAUCAUCAACUUCCUCCGCGACAGCGACCUCUUGCGAAGAGGAGGACGAGAGCAGCUCUUCUUCUGACCCCGUCGCCAGUCCACCCAGUGUAGGCCUGCUUGUUGCGCCGGCCCCGGCAUCAUCCGAUCUAUUAUUUCACGAUCACGUUCUACUCGGAGAAGCAAAUUAUAGUCCAACGUCGGUCGUGGACGCUGCAGAGCUGGAGCAGCAGAAAGUGAUGAUGAAAACUCGUGUGGGAGGAGGUGAAGCACUCGAAGGUGACGAUUCACAACUCGUCGCUCGCACGGACAGCAAAAGGAAGAAGAAAAAGAAGAAGAAGAACAGCACGCCGACCACCAGCACGACCGCAACGACCACUACAAACGCAACAACUACAACAACGGCGUCCUCCGACGAAUCAUCAUCUUCUUCUUCUGAUGAAAAAAGAAAGAAGAAGAAGAAGAAGAAGAACAAGAAGGCAGCGCAGCAGGUCGUUGCUCGUUCCAAUGUCAUGUACGACCUCAAGAGCGACAACCACUUGCAAAGCGUCGCACGGCAGGGCGGAACGGCUCGCGAGCUGAAAACUCUCCUCCAACAAGGACCACUUCUAGUGCUCACAGUUAUACUGAUUCUUGCUGCAGCUGUAGGUGCCUGGUUCUUCUUGCUGGGUCACCUUCCGGAGCCGGAACGAGGAAAUGUGAGCGGCGCACAGGUCGUGGAGCACGAAAGUCCCGUGGCUUCGGGGACGAUGCAAACGAAAGAGCUCCAGCCACAGCAGGCAUUUGUGCAAAAGCGGAGAAAAAAGACAAACCUUCGGGGAGGCUUUGCUCCGCCAACGGUACAAGACAAAGUGCCUCCUGCGUCCUCGGACGGUGUGGUCGCGUCAACCCCCCCCUACCAGAAGGACUGCGACGAAGCCACCAGCACACCUUCUGGUGUCAACUGCACCCCGAAGGAAGAAAAGGACCAAGAUGCGUUCGGAUUUCACGGCGACCGUCCUGCCGCAAAAAAGCAACGCCAGCAGGGCCACAGGGCCAGGGGAGCAGGGACAGAAAGAAACGCCAAAACUAAUCCCGCCUUGGACUUUCUCGAGACGCUGGAUGACGUACCCGCAGGAGCCUCGGGAGAAGGAGGAACAAGCGCUACUUCCUUUGCCUCGAAGGGGAAGGCAGGUGCGACACCUGCAGGUGGAGCUCUUUCCUUGCGUCUGCCGCACAUGGCGCCGCCGCCUGCGAGCGGUGCAUCGCUGCUACUUCUCGCCGGUGCCACGAACGGAACUCUACCGGGGGCGGCGGACGGUCUUAUCGGGGGUCAAGAAGAAGAAGCCAUGACGCGGGUCAGCAAGACGAACUACCCCGUAGCCGUGACAUCGUGGCUGCAGGAAGUGCGGGAACAUACGGGAACGCGAACUGGCGGAGGAGUACCACAGGCUGUCGCUGCGACCACCUCUACCGUGACCGCGUCUCGUCAAACGACGCUACCGGCUUCGGCUCUUCAACAACAACAACACGCGGUGGACAACGACGACAAAUUUGUGCAAAGCAGUUACCUCGCGUGUCCGGAGUUUCUCAACGACUCAGAAGGCGGGGCGCUGCAAAGACCACCGACAAUGCAAGACCUGAUGGAAGCGAAGAUGAACAGUGAUGAUGAGUUUCGACCGAAAACGUGCCCGAAGUACCACAUGCUUUUUCAGCACUUCCAUAUGGCCUUCUCAAAUGUUACAUUCUCAAUUGUUGCAUGAAUUUGUAAUGCAAGAACGGCAAAAGAAGUGAAAGGGGGAAGAUUGCGCCUUUUGCGUUGCAGAUUUGGCGCAGAUUUAGAUGCUGUCUAGCCCUUCGAACAUUUGUCACGCGAAGCAGCUUAAUCGUGGCGAUCUUGCGCACCCCUCGGACCCCGCACCCCCCGGGCUUUAGCCGCGCAGUCUGUUAAGCCUGGAAAAUCAUGUAACAGCUGGGAGUGUAACGUUUGAGAGUCCCAUACUCCAGGGGCUCCGUGUGUGCCCCGACUACUAUUUCUCAGAGGAAGCUAUGAACGAACCGGUCUGCCAGCACACAGAAACAAGUUACACGGUUGCUUCUCGGGGGCCUUCAGGCUGGUGGCAAAGUUUCAGGUUGCCGAAUGAUAUUUCAGAAGCGACCUAUCAAAAAUUUAAAGAGCAGGCCGGAGAAAUGGAGCGCGCAAAUCCUUUGUCGCAAUUGCAACUCUACAAUUUCUAUCAACUGCAAAUCUGUCUUGCUCUGCAAAUCAUAUGCUGACGCUUCAAGAAAUUAGUCAAUUACAUGCUGCUGCAGUGCCGGUUUCGUGUUUGCAUAACGCUCGCACCAGGAGAUAGAGAUUCAGACAUGCACAUGCUCUGGAUCAAGGGCUCCUCGAUUCCUCUCGCUACUCAAAGAAAGUCAUGUAUAUGUCCUGCAUGUUGUUGGGUUUCGGCACCGAUUGCGAUUUUCAUUCUUUCUUGUGCAAAUCAGCAAGGCAAGCAACAUCAUCUUCCCAAAUUGAAAUUCGCGUACUACUUCUGCUAAUCCAAAUAUAUUUGCAGCUGAUAGGGUUGAAGCGCGGAAAGACAACAAACGCAAACAUAUGCAAGCGUCAACAGGCGGGAACAGUUCAGAGCGGAGGAUGAAUGUGCACAUGAAGUGUGUCAAGAAAGAGAGAAAUUCUGAAAUUUGAUGUGGUAUGGCUUUGCUCAACGUCAACUCCAAACAAAGGAGGUAAACGGAUUUUGCUGCGAUAAUUCGCAAUUGAAGUCUUACGGUGCGCGAUGCUAGUGCUGCUGCUGUGUCAAAUGCCUCACGCCAGGAGUGUGAAUGACCCUAAAAGCUCCUCUCGAAGCUGGUUGAUGCCACUGAAAAUUUUUGCUUCCCGCCGCCCCGCCCGUGUGGUUGACGAAAGCGGCAUUUGUUGUUGCUGCUCAUGAUGUAGAUUUAGGUUUUGCAGACUGCAACACUGUGGUGCUUCAACCGAACCUUGUGCUGCUGCUUCAGCCUAGUAUUGUUGACGGUGCCGUGAGCUGAUGGUGCACGAGACAACACACCUGUCCCCCCGUACCGGUGCCACCUGCGCACGAAAAAGGGGGAAUAUAGAAGUGGCCUCCAAGCGGCCCUGGUGUCUGACUGCUCGUAGAUAGUGCAACUGUUUAUUGCUGACGUAUCCGGGUAACGGUAGGUAGUGGGAGGAAAAGUAGGAUGGGCGAGAAUUGCUUCAUGAUACGUAAAGGCAAGUGAGAUCCUCACCAGACUUGGGGACAGAGCUUUUCUCUACUGGCUACCAAAGGGAAAGCCGUGUUAUGUGCCUCUUAGAAAAAGAACCUGCCUGGAUGAUUCUGUCUUCACGAACAGGAACACAAAGAAAAAUGCUCCAUUUUGAAAAGUUCCACCUCCGCGGCCUUCCAUAUGUCACCCCGUCAGAAGAAAGGAGUUCUGCCUGGCGAUGAUCUUGGGCUUUGCUGACACUGCGUUUGGCUUGGCAGCCGAGAUCCAGCGUGAUCCUGAACAAAAUCGUGAUGUACUAGCGAGCAAGGUUGCAACCGUUAAAAACUUGCCUGAUCGGAGCUGGGCCAACCUGUUGAGUUCAAGGUUCAUGACUCAGGGCUGUCAUGCGUAUCUCCUCGACAAGAAAACGGCGUAUAGCGAAGGUGACGAGGUGGCGUUUGCGAAGAAAAGAAUUCCCGAGCUGCUCAAAAUAGCAAGUGAUACAACACGCUCACUGCAAGAUGUUCGACAGCGAAUUACUACAAUCAAGAUGUUCCAAAGAGAAAGCGACGGUGGAAUGGAGAUGGACACCAUUCCCUUUCCCCAUAAUUACCGCACAGAAAAAUCUUGAGUUCUCAUUUCACAGAAUCAUGAAGACGAAUAACACUCUUGCAUGAGCGAUAGCCGAUGCCGAUCACUCGAUGAUACGUCUAUCACGUGACUGUGACCGCUGCACUUAGAUGAAUUAUUUCCUUGCGUACGGUCACACGCAACAAAACCGAAUUGGAGCGUGUCGCUUUGACUCAAGAUUUUGAUUCAAUAGCGGUAUCGAUGGCGGCGUCAACCUUUACCCCGCCACCGACGGCGUUAUGCCGUGGCUUGCGUGGGCGAUCUUCUGGAGCCCCAGGAACCAAGCAAAUCUGUUCAAGUUGUACCAGUGGGGGAUCUCGCUUGGGCGAAAACACAUUCCCGAGGGAGAGGACGACUCGGAAAAAAAUUUCAGUGUGGGCAACUCAAACUCCGGGGACCUUGUAGAGUGCCCGAACACGGUCACGAUUCUGGGGCAGGACUGGUCCCAAGCCUUCGCCGAGCCGCAGAUCGCCCAGAACGCGGAGGUGGCUGUCCAAAUUUUCAACGCGCUGGCUGAGAAUAACCUGAGACACAAGGAACUGGGGAAAAACGGCUGCAAGCGGCGGAUGUCCAAUACCAAAGUGCGCAAUUCCGUCUACUUUACUUCAUGCGUUAUGUUGCACAGGCGCCAUGAGUUCCACAGCUAGAGCUCUUGCGGCCAUUGAAGUUGCAUUCUUCCUGACUGUAUCUAUCAUUAUCUGUCACAUGGGAAUCUGCAGCACUGUUGAUCCGGUGAAGCAGUAAGUAAUAUGUACUAGACGCAGCUGCUUGAUGUCUGUGGAUCAUUUAUUUUUGUCACGCAUAGACUACAAGAACAGUAUGUGCGCUGCAUCUGCGAUGCUUCUCCGUCUGCUCUUCCCGUGCAUCAACAAAUGCGGCCGAGGGCGGCCUUGCGCACUUUCAUAAUACAUGGAAAACCCGAGAUGUGGGGGUUUGCGGUGCCCGUUGGAGGCCAAACCGCAGCGGACCGGGGACAAAAUCCACCGUCCAGCGCCAACGGCAACAAGGUUGACCAAGAAGACUGGAAGUCGGAAGAUUGGCGCGUGGAGAACACGGAGGGCGGCGUGUUUGUCAUUGUUGGACUGCUGGAGCAUGGUUUCUCCUACCAGGGAACCGUCCGUGUGCCCAUGAAAGAAAUCAUUUUGCCCGAAUCUAAGGACGGCACGAUCGAGCUCCCGUCCAAGUCGGGUAGCAAGCAGGGGGUUCACGCGAUUCGGCUGCCCCGGAAGGACAAGCCCGAGGCGAAAAAAUUCUGGGACGCGUUCGACGAGCGGGUACGCACCACGGAUUUAGAGUACCACAUCAUGGAGAAGAAUGGCUAUCACGUGUACGUUUGGGCGGGACCGAGGGGAGAAAAGCAUGUUGCGCGGCAUUUGCGGCGCCUGGAGGCUUGGGAGCUGGAAGGACACGUCGAUCUGGCCGGGAAAUUUUUAGAAUCCAUUGACAACCAUAUCCUGAGUAAAAACGUACCCACACCAGAGUCAGGAUGGGGAUUUUGCAACACAAACGUAGGAGCUUUGUGAGUCACGCAUGACAAGUUGCACGAUGCAGUGCAGUGCAGGUUAGCAAGUGCAGCCGCAUCACAGAUUCGUCUGCUCCUCCUGUUCACAGCAUUACAAAUUCCAAAACACGAUUGGAAAUGGCUCUCAUGGGGAUGCGCAUUACAACUCUUCCUGUCUUUGCAAAUCUGCAUUACAACUCUGGUGUGGGUACGUUUUUACUCAGGAUAAACCACAAGAGCCUGGACCUCCUCUCUACCACCACGCAAGAAAACAUCGUCGAAGUCCUACUGUGGAACCUGAUUCCCCUCUCUAUACUCAAAACGAAAAUAUAUGUGAUUUUGAUUUGAUGAAUGUCGUGGCCUCAAAUCGCACUGCAGGAAGCAGGCACAAAUGCCACAGGUGGUGUCCGCCGCAUUGCCAUUGCGCACUCGGUUUCUGGUGUUGUGGAACUUUCAUGACAGCCGUCUGGCAUAGGCAUGCGAACACAGCUACACACAAACGUCCCGACUCAUCUGCUUUAAAAAUCACUUCCUUGUUCAGCCCCCUAUUGCGUGAGAGAUAUGAUUUGCGUACGUGUACGCACUUUCUACCCUCGUCCCCUGCAACGAAAAAUUGUCCCCUCGCCAAUAACAGGCGUUACCGUCCGCGAUUCUUGUCCCAUGCGUCCGUACUAACCAACACCGUGCGAACCGGGAUAUCGCGAGGGAGACCUUGGAGGCCUGGGCCACGUCUGCAGUUGUGGACGCGGCCUAAGGUCGACAGGGGUAGCUGCUUGCUGGGCAGGGUUAUGCAGACUCCGGGGGUAUAGCGGGCGUUCCCUAAAAAUCCAAAACCUGCAGAAGUUGGGCAGCCAGUCCGGGCACUUGCUCGACGCUGGCCGUUUUUGUAUGAUAAGCGCGACAAUUUAUGCAUGUGUGUUAGGCGCCUGCUUGCCUUCACCGACUAGUAGAGCAGCCCUCUCUGGUAGAGGGAUCAACUGACUAUGUCGGAGGCAGCAGGAGGACGUCGCUACGUCAUUCACUCACAUUCGUACGCAAUAAAUCCGGCAUCACAUUUAGUUUCGCUUUUGAUGUAGGGCGGGAUGAUUUUUCAUUUUGAUUAAUCAUGCUGGCACAGCAGGGGCUGUUGUACGUCUUCAAGGAGAAACACCAGCGGCUUGAUGACUAUGAAACCAUUGGAAAAGAAGAAAAAAGGAGCGUGAGCCUCGUCCUCAGUGGCGUCUUUCUGACUAUGGCCUACAAUCAAGGCUCCCGUGGUUUCAUCGCGGCGCAAUAUCAGCAGAAUUGUUUCAAAGGGGGGAAUAUGAACUGCAAAUAUGUCUGGGUCUGGGAGAAGAUUGCGAGGUUUGUCAUGCUUGUCUGGCACGACUCUGGACUCUGUGUUGCGUGGCCGCAAAGAGCUCCUCUUGCCGUGCAUGCAAAGACGCAGUUUCUCAUGCGGAGUACGCAAUUCAAAACUACGAAAAAACGUGCCAUGCUUGGCGGCGCAUUACAGUGUUCUCCGCUGUCCCUUCCUUGCAUCACAAGUUCCCAGACCCAGACAUAUUUGCAAUGCAUAGGGAAGUUCAACCAGAGCAAACUGACGUCACGAAAAGAUCCCAAAACCGGGAUGGAAAUCUACGAGCUUGAGCAAGCGGAAGACAAGAAAGAUUCCCAGCGCGGGGUCUCGUACUCGGUGUUCAAGGAGUGCUAUAUCAUGGCCCAGGCAUCCAAGGUUUAUUUCAUUGCCCCAACCGGAAACCCGAGGAAGAAGAUCAAGACACUCUUCCACGCCACGCGUGACAACGUGCACAGUUCCUAUCAGAGCGUGAUAAAGAACAUUGGCGCCUUGUCGAGCAACCCGGUCGAGCCGACAAGUGAAGACGUCGACGAAGUGUUCCGGGGAGUGCGUGAGACGCUCGACUGGCAGGUUCUGGCAUGGCUAGGUCUGAGAGUGUCCAAGGCAAAUAGCCUGCGGCUGCGGGAGCACCCUGUGGACUGGUCUGAGCCCAUCAUGCAGAAAUACCAGCCGGGCCUAAAACAAACCUAUGGCGACGAUGAAGGCGACUUGAAGACGUUUCUAAAAAAGAAGCGGGAAGACGAGACGCAAGGCACCUUUGCAUUGAACGUCGGCUGGUUUACGACGUACGAUCUUCUGAACCGCCUUGAUAAGAUCAGCGAUGCUAUCCUAUUCAAAAACGUCCGCGUCCGGAGUUGCUUCUUGUGCAGGAGAGUUGCAUUUUCAGAUUCAGAAACGCAAACGGUUGCCGCUCAAUUCCUCUUGAAGAGAGGCCGUCAUGCUCAUCGUGACGACGUACCUGUAGUUCUUCGGAAUUUCUUCAUGCUGUAUUUGCAGCAUGAUGGUAAGUACGCAUUUGACUUUAUGAUGCGCAUGCGACUGUGCUCGCAAGUAGCGCUUCCACUCCAUCACAAAAACAAAGAUCAAGAUGGGAAAGUGCGUAACUCGCAAAUAAGUAGAAAGAAACAUCACGAUGAGUACGUAAUCAAAUCUUAACAGUGGCUGAAGAAGUUCCAUCUUCUUGUUAACUUAUGGGCGGGCACGUUUUUCCACAGGAGAAAGAUCGUGAAGCGCAAGGCAACCUCCAACGCAGGCGCGGUAUGAGGGUGCACAUCUUUAUUCCCUUCUUGCCCUCGUUUGUAAAUGCAGAAUACAAAAUAUACACUGGGCCCGGCCUUGAGUUACGACAAAUUUUGCAACGUCAAAUAAUAAUUACUACAAUGCGAAUGCGCACGAAGAGGCAGCUGUGUCAUGAGAAAUGGCGUUGCAGCUGUUCACGCGCUUACAAACAGGGGAGGAGGGGGAGUUGUGCACCCUCAUACUCGGUCGAACUGCAACACAAGAAGAAAAACGAUGACCAGGAACGGCGCACCGCUACGACUUGCAAAUAUGUCUGGGUCUGGAAGAUUGCGCGGCUCGCCGUGCAGUCUCCAUUCUUCCCCUAUGACGACGUCUGGAAAAAUGCAGCACGUAGCGUUUGAGAUUCUGGAGGGUCCUCCACCUCCUGAUCUAUAUUAUUCGUAAGAACCCGGCUCUCCAGUUGACCAAAGCAAACGCGUUUUUUCAGUAGUCAUGCAACAAGAGAGAUUCAUCUCUGACCCACGGGACGCUUUACGAGUUUGCAGUGUUUUAGAACCAGACAUGUUUGCAGUGCAUAAGCAAAAAUGCCGUCCGACUGAUCAAGCAGUGCCCCGGGGGGUUUUCGACCGACGUGCAGCGCGGGGGAGCCCCGUUGGAGGGGCGCGACGCGGAAUUGGCAAGAAAAGCUCUCGGCUUGCUUGCAGUCCCCGUCGCCAACGAGCAGCAGCAAGAAGAUAAGCCUGAGCCUGUGACUGUGUACUGCAUUCGCUUUGACAACCCUGCGUUCCAGAAGGAGCAAUUCUUGCUGCUGGGUCACGAAAGUGUGCCCUUUCUCCAGGCAAAGGCUCCUGAGAAUCGCUUGGGCUUGGGAGACGUAGCACUCUUCUAUCGAAAUGAAGAACGUACUAAAGCCCCGCCCUUGCGAAGAACAUUUCUAUUUCAAGGGGUUUUUGUCAUGUGUUGUGAGAUUACCAACUUCGGGGUCUUUUAUGGAAGCCAGGCCCUAGCGGAAUCUGGGCCCUGGGUCGCCGAGAGGCGAAAUCUGUUUGUGGAGUUGAUCGACCCCCCUUAG